AUUCCCCAAUAUAUUCAGCGGUUCCUGACGCCCGGGGGAGACAGUCAGCAAGAUGAAGAUCCAACUGGCAGCAGUGCUCCUCACUGUCUUGGUCACACAAGGUUUUUCACUAACAUGCCACGACUGUAACAGUCUGAGAGGCAACUGUGCGUUAAACACGACCAUAGAGUGUAACAGGACAAUCCAUUCCACUUGCCGGUCAAUUAGUGUCAACACUGUCAUCGGAGCCUCAGAGAGCAAUUACCUGAUAAGUGGCUGUGGGGGUUGUUUUGGUAUCGUCACCUUCAACAGUGGACUGAUCUCCCACUAUGUGCACACGACCUGCUGCAGUUCCAACCUCUGCAAUGACGAUGUCAAACCAGACAUAGAGAACAGCACGCUGAAUGGGUUGGAAUGUUACUCAUGUUACGCUGUUACGGAGAUCGGGUGUAAUGCCACAACGGACAAAGUGAAAUGCAGAGGACAACAGGAUCGCUGCAUCCACACGUCAGGUCACAGCACAGGAGUGGAUCCCAGGACGUUCGUGAUGAAAGGCUGUGCUUCCGACUUCCUCUGUCGAAAUCCCGGGGCUCUCGGACUAUUCCGAUAUGAGGCGUCAGCGGGUUUCUACUGCUGCAAGGAUGGCCUGUGCAACUUGGAGUCGCGGAACUUCACCCGGAGCACCACUCCGGGCCCCAGCACCACGUCCACCGCAAGCCCAAGCCAACUGAGCAGCCCCCUCAUCAUGGCUGUUCUCCUGGUCUUCCUCAGACUGGUGCUCUGAAGCACAGCGUCUCAGUCUUCACCCUUUCGUCGGUUGGCUGCAGGAGCCCCUGGGUGGAAUGAGGGGCAUCUUCAGAGGGAGGGCCAUUCCCAACAUGCUCUGUGUGGUCAAACCUUCUCAUCUACAGAUUUACAAUGCCCCCCUCAAUCUCCUGCCAGGAGACCUUCCUCAGCUCAUUCCCUCUCAUACCUGGUUGUACAGUAGCUAUUCUCUUGUGGUAUUUGCUCAGUGGGGGCUGUAUUCCGGUAAUGUUUGAUCCCAGCAUGAGCAAGAGGCCAUUCAGUCAUUGUAUCUGUGACAGGUGUCUUCUAGAUCAGUACCAUCUUAAUCCUACUGCCCCAUUCUCUCCUCAUAGCUCUAUAUCAAUCCCCAAACUAAUACCACUGCCCCACACUCUCCCCAUAGGCCUGUAUCAAUCCCCAAAUUAAUCACACAGUCCGACUCUCUCCCCAUAGCCCUGUAUCAACUACCAAACUAAUCCCACUGACCCACUCUCUCCUGAAAGCCCUGUAUCAGUCCCCAAACUAAUCCCACUGCCCCGCACUUACCCAUUUCAUUGUAUCAGUCUCCAAACUAACCCUGUUGUUUCAGUCUCUGACUCCCCACGAUCUUGGAUCAAUCACAAAUCCAUGAUAAUGCCACACUACAUUUUAGAACACCGGGCUGGAGGAAGUCACAUUUUACAAACCAAUCUCUCUGAUGUACCCAACAGCAAAUGAGGAACUGCGAAUGCUGGAACAUUAGUUUUACUGUUUAAUUAAGCCAACUUUCUGGGUAAUUCUUUCUCAUAGCUGAUAAGAAUGUGGAAUUGAGCAGAAUUAUUCACAACUCUGCGUCUCUGCAAUCAGGCACUCUUUCUCUAUCUCCUCUGUCUCUCUGGGCCUACACACCAUUGGUCGCAUGUCUGGGCAAGUGAUAUUGAAAAUCUAUGUUUCAACGCGUAAUUAGGGGGAAGUGAUUCUUCACUUUUUUAACUGAAUGGGGUGUUGGUGGGGCACAUAAUGACCUUGGCAAGGCUGGUAUGACUCUUGCGUGUGAUUGGGGAGAACCGUGAGUGUGUAACGGAUGAGUGUAUUCUCAUGGGUGGCCUCUCCUAUCUUCGUGAUAUCCCCUAGCUCCAGAACCAAGAACUGCCCUGACCUGCCGUUCCUAAAAACUUCACCUCUGGGAGCAAUUCACAAAUUAUCCAAAGGGAACACUGGCUUAAGACAGUUUGAUCGUAACUGAGAUGCCCCUUCGAAGAUGAAAAGGAGCAGGUUGGUUCUGAGUGCUGGAGGCAAAGGGGUAAUGUUAGGGCAGCUGAGUUCAGGGGAUACCUUUGGGAUUAAAGUUUGCGAGAGAGAGAGAGAGAGCAGUCUGCUCGCACUGUGACAUCCUGCUGAGUGCUCUGAAAAGAGUUACACUCAAAAGGAGAAUAGGCUUCGGUGAUGGAAAUGGAAAUGUUUACAAACGCCCGAUGAUCUGUAAUAUAUAUGACAAUAAAUUUGUGAGAUCUUAAACAAA